AUGGGGCAACUAACAGAACAAUAUAUUCGAGUUCGGGCUAAACCAUUUAUUGUUGAAGUCGAUCAAACAACGGACAAUACUGAGCCGAAAAUUGAGACAACUUCAACAAUUGAAAAAGGGUGUGUUUCGAUACCUGAAUAUAAAAUUAUACGUGAACCACUCGAAGGUGAUCCCGAGUUUUUAAUAAUGGAUAUUCAAUUACCAAAAGUCAAAUCUUCGAAAACAUUAACAUUGGACAUUGGUACCGAUCGUAUCGUGCUAUCAACACGUUCGAAUAUUUAUCAUCUGGACAUAUGGUUACCGAUUGACGUUGAUUCGGAUGAAUGUGGUGCACAAUUUAAUAAAGCAACACACACAUUGACAAUCACCAUGCCAGUGCUACACGAUUCAGCAUAA